AUGUCUUCAGCCCCCCAUUAUGAGACAUUGGAUGCACCCGAUGGGUCAGCAUUGACGUGGAUCUUUGAUCAUUGCUUGCGUUACGCCGACAACUACGAAAUCUCUCUUCGUGCUGCAUACGAACUCAAUUGCCACCCAUCAAAGAGCACAAUGGCGCCUUCAUUUAUUCCUCGAUCACCCUCUAUCUUCUCCCGCAAUUCCGUUUUAUCUAAAAACGCUCGUAACUCCAAGUCUUCUUUCGAUGCCCCUUCUUACGACACCAAUGCCGAAUUCCGUGCUUGUUUGUCCAAGACUGUCGCCGAAUUGUCUUCUCAGCCUUGCUCGCUCCCUCCGAGCUUCAUUAUCAACUUUGUGCGCCGCUGUUUUUGUCUGGACCUGUCCGAUGUCGACUUUGCGCAGGCUUUAACUGCUCUUGAUUACCUUAGAGACCUCCAAGGUCGCUGGAAAAAGGAGAUUGAUGCUGCCUUCAACCGACUCAGCAUUACUUCCCAGGAUGCGAGUGACCCUCAGCACUCGGAAGUGGCUCGCAAGUUCCCCAACGUGAUGGUCUGGUACAAGGAUAUCAGCAACAAGGCACGCAUGAUCGAUUUUCUGUACACUCAGGUCUAUGUCGGCCUGCGUCGCUGGGUUCUUGUCAAUCAGAUGAUGCUUGAGCCAUUCGACAAGGCCAACUGCCUUGCUCUUCUUAACACUCUACUGCCGCCUCUUCACCGGGACAGCUCUACCCCCACACAGCAGUUGUCAACAGCUAUCCUUGGAAAUCAUCGCGAUACCUUCUUCAGAUUCAUUACCACCUUCGAGUCUGAUCCUUCAAUCCUAGAGCCUAUCAUGAAGCAAGGCGCUCGACCCGGUGACGAGAAUGGAUGGCCUGCAUUGUAUGACGUCGUUGAUCGAUACUUGAACGCCGCCCUCGAGAUGAUCGACGAGUGUACUUUGAUCAACGAGCCUGGUCAGAUUAGCAAGUCAGGCGUGCAGCGCCGCACCGACUCGGGCAUCAGCUUCGGUCCUGAUUUUGGCCCCUGUCCUACUAGCUCCCAGUCUUCGGAUACCGAAAAGCCUCUUCCCCAUUUCCCAGAACCGAACACAGGAACUAGCAAGUAUGGUUCGUUGCUGGAACGAUUUGCCUCCUUGUCAGCAUGGGGCAAGAAGAAGGACCCUAAGAAGGAGCAGCAGAGGGAGCAGAGGGAGCAGCAGAGAGAAUUUGAGCGCAGUCUGAGGAAGAUGCAGUCCUGCAGAGAAUUCCACAGUCGGUCUAGCAGCACCAAGAGCACCAAGAGCAUCAAGACAUCAGCAAAGUUCAAUGCAACGAUAUCUUUCGAUUUGACCGACGAUAAGCGCCGGCGUUUGAUUGAUGAAGCCCAAGCUCGCAAGGCAGUCGACGCGGCUGAGGCGGACCAAAGCAUUGGCCAGGCCAUUUAA